AUGUACGCGAAGUUUAAGAAGUGCGAAUUUUUGUUAGAGAAUGUGAGAUUUUUGGGCCACAUAGUGUCUAAGGAGGGAAUAGCAGUAUACCCAACUAAGAUCGAGGCUAUUCGGGAUUGGCGUCAACCUAAGAAUGUAGCAGAGGUUAAAAGUUUCUUGGGAUUGGCAGGGUAUUACAGGAAAUUUGUUGAAGAAUUUUCUAAUAUUGAUGCACCGCUAACCAAUUUGACAAGAAAUAAUCAGAAAUACAAUUGUAUUGAAAAGUGUGAGGAGAGCUUUCAAACCAUGAAGAAUAAGCUUAUAUCAGCUCCAAUGUUAUGUGUACCAACUGUGGAAGGGAAGUUCAUAGUAUACUGUGAUGCUUCCAAGAAUGGCUUGGGGUGUGUACUGAUGCAAGAUGGUAAAGUGGUGGCUUAUGCCUGA